CCUUAGUCGCCCCAUGUAUUAGCCAUCCUCAACGCCCCCGUGAAGGACCGGUGAACUUGGCUUCUGACAAGUCUCGGGGAUUUGACUAGAUUUAAACUGCUUAUCGUGGUGUUCGUAUCGCAAUCUAUAUCGGGUAUCCAACUCGAGUGGAGAAUGCUGUGGUCCACGAGGUCUUGUGCUGAAUGGCAGGCUAAUAUCGCAUCUUACACAAAGAAGUCCGAGGGCCGGAUACUGUCCACAAUAACCAUAAACUCCUGCAGCCUCUUGCACCCGCAGAAUAAAUCCAGACCGCGACCUAUUCCGUCCAGACGCGCAUAAACGCAAAUCGAAAACGAACACAUAUUCCCCAUGCACCAACUACAGCCCCCACAAUCCUUCAUGCCUCUCAAUCUUGCUUCCACCCAUGAACAUCAGCAAGUAUCCCCAGCGCAAGCGACUCCCCCCACACCACUCGAAGCAUCCAUCUCUUCCAACCCUCCUUAUACGCAAUCAACGCCUCCAGGAACUCCGGAACCUCCUGCCCCCGCUCAACGAACGCAUCCGCUCCCCCAACUGAAAGUGCCACACCCCAACGAUCCCCUCCUCCCUUGCCCUCCUGUUAAUCUCCGCCACCCCGCGCCCUUCCUCCAACCACGAGCGAACCACACGUUCAUCCAUUCCCGCCCAGCCAAUCGAACCAACGUCUCAAAACCCGCGAUAUCCUGCUUCCGCUCGAAAUGCGCCUCGAAGAUCGCCUCCACGAGCACCGCCGUACCAGCACUUAAAUCCGAUCCAGCCAAUGCGCUCUAUGAGAGGUGCCACUUAUUCUGUAACUGGCUGAGCAUGAUAACCUGGUGCGCGGGGAGGGUGCCUCCGAUCCGCCCGCCGAAGCGGAAGUGGAUCCCGUCGGCGCGGCCCAGUCGCUGGAGGUGGGCUUGCGCAUAGGGGACGUUCUCCAGGCCGAGCUUCUGUGUCAUUCGUUCCGGGGGGCCGGUUAGUAUCCUAUUAUGGAUUUGGACAGGUAUAUGGGAAUGACUAUUGUACCCAUGUAGGGAAUGCUCUUCAUCGGGGCGUUAGCGUCCAGAAUGUAAGGUUUCCAGGUGGAUGCGGAUGGCAUCUUGACUGCCGCCCCGGGUAGGUCUUUUGGUGCAGGCAGAUGUCAGGCGGCGGUGGCCGAUGUAGCACUUUGGGUUUCCUU